CGGACAAACAGCUCUGGCGGAUCGACGGCAGGUAGAAGCAGGGCUGUGGGUUGGGGAUCGAUCAGUACGGUGUCGGCACCGCGGCUAAAGGAAAACUCCUGGUUAGAAAUGGCAAAGAAUUUGUGAACGGGAAUCGCAGACUCGAGCACCUCAGGUUUGCUGUAUCUAUGCAGAUUUUAAGGAAUGACCAGAUAUUUCCUCUGUAACACCAAUAUAUUUAUUUUUGAUCCUUGGAGAUGAAGAAUUAUCUCAUUCCAGCUGGGAAUUUGCUUUGUGACUGACGUGACUCAGUGAAAUCCACUAGAACUGACGUGCUGAGAACACUAGGUCUUCAACUGCAUUGAUUGCACAAGGGAGUCACUACGUCAGGCAUCUGACUUAAUGAAUUGCUAGAGAAUUGACAGUAGGGAGAUAUCAUUCUCGUUCUGUCAUGUGGAAGGGAUUCACCCAGUUAUCUGACCAACUGGCUCACUGUUCAGUUCACCUUGGGGAGAGGCUGUUCACCUCGGAAUGUGGGAAGGAAUCCAUUCGGUAAUCUGACCUAUUGACACACUAAUCAGUUCACACUGGGAAAAUGCCGUUUACUUGCUCAGACUGUGGGAAGGGAUUUCCACGGUCAUCUCAACUGAAGCUACAUCAACGAGUUCACACUAGUAAGAAACCAUUCACCUGCUCAGACUGUGCGAAAGGAUUCAAAUCAUCAUCUCAGCUGAAGGUACAUGAGCGAGUUCACACUGGGGAGAGGCCAUUUACCUGCUCAGACUGUGGAAAGGGAUUCACUUUCUCAUCCAACUUACAUAGACAUCAGCGAGUUCACACUGGGGAGAAACCAUUCACCUGCUCAGACUGUGGGAAGCAAUUCACUCGCCCAUCUCACCUGCAGACACAUCAGUCAGUUCACACUGGGGAGAAACCAUUCACCUGCUCAGACUGUGGGAAGGGAUUCACUCAAUCAUCUGACCUUCUCAGACACCAGUCAGUUCACACUGGGGAGUGGUUUUUCACCUGCUCAAAUUGUGGGAAAGGAUUCAGUCGGUUAUCGCAACUGAAAAUACAUCAGCGAGUUCACACUGGGGAGAGGCCAUUCAUCUGCUCAGACUGUGGGAAGCGAUUCACUUGGUCAUCUCACCUGUACAGACACCAGCGAGUUCACUCUGGAGAGAGGCCAUUCACGUGUUCCGUGUGUGGGAAAGGGUUUGCUCGGUCAUCCCACCUACAGAGACACCAGUCAAUUCACACUGUGAAGAAACCAUUCACCUGCUCAGACUGUGGAAAGGGAUUUUCUCAGUCAUCAGACCUACUGACACACCAGUCAGUUCACACGGGAGAGUGGUUGUUCACCUGCUCAGAUUGUGGGAAAGGAUGCAUCUCGUCAUCUCAACUGAAAGUACAUCAGCGAGUUCACACUGGGGAGAAGCCAUUCAGCUGCUCAGACUGUGGGAAGCGAUUCACUCAGUUAUCCAGCCUACAGACACACCAGCGAGCUCACACUGGGGAGAAACCAUUCAGCUGCUCAGACUGUGGUAAGCAAUUCACUCAAUCAUCCAGCCUGCAGACACACUUGCGAGUUCACACUGGCGAGAGGCCGUUCUCCUGCUCUGAAUGCGGGAAGCGAUUCAGUCGGUUAUCCAAACUUACGACACACUACCGAGUUCACACUGCUUACGCCGCGACUGUGCUAAACGAGAGGGCUCCGACCAAGAGGAAAAAACGGCGCAGGCGUAAAGAGCGAAGAAAGUUCCCGAACUUGCGCAUGCGCUCAGCGGACAAACGGCUCGGCGGAACGACGGCAGUUCACACUGGGAAGAUGCCGUUUACUUGCUCAAACUGUGGGAAGGGAUUUCCACGGUCAUCUCAACUGAAGCUACAUCAACGAGUUCACACUAAUAAGAAACCAUUCACCUGCUCAGACUGUGGGAAAGGAUUCAAAUCAUCAUAUCAGCUGAAGGUACAUGAGCGAGUUCACAGUGGGGAGAGGCCGUUUACCUGCUCAGACUGUGGAAAGGGAUUCACUUUCUCAUCCAACUUAUAUAGACAUCAGCGAGUUCACACUGGGGAGAAACCAUUCACCUGCUCAGACUGUGGGAAGCGAUUCACUCGCGCGUCUCACCUGCAGACACAUCAGUUAGUUCACACUGGGGAGAAACCAUUCACCUGCUCAGACUGUGGGAAGGGGUUCACUCAGUCAUCUGAUCUUCUCAGACACCAGUCAGUUCACACUGGGGAGUGGUUGUUCACCUGCUCAAAUUGUGGGAAAGGAUUCAGCCGCUUAUCUGCACUGAAAAUACAUCAGCAAGUUCACACUACAGAGAAGCCAUUCACCUGCUCAGACUGUGGUAAGGGAUUCAUUCAAAGAUCCCACCUGCAGGUACACUUGCGAGUUCACACUGGCGAGAGGCCGUUCUCCUGCUCAGACUGUGGGAAGCGAUUCAUUUGGUCAUCUCACCUGUCCAGACACCAGCGAGUUCACUCUGGAGAGAGGCCAUUCACGUGUUCCGUGUGUGGGAAAGGGUUUGCUCGGUCAUCCCACCUUCAGAGACACCAGUCAAUUCACAGUGUGAACAAACCAUUCACCUGCUCAGACUGUGGAAAGGGAUUUUAUCAGUCAUCAGACCUACUGACACACCAGUCAGUUCACACGGGAGAGUGGUUGUUCACCUGCUCAGAUUGUGGAAAAGGAUGCAUCUCAUCAUCUCAACUGAAAGUACAUCAGCGAGUUCACACUGGGGAGAAGCCGUUCACCUGCUCAGACUGUGGGAAACGAUUCACUCAGUUAUCCAACCUACAGAUACACCAGCGAGCUCACACUGGAGAAAAACCAUUCAUCUGCUCAGAAUGUGGUAAGCGAUUCGCUCAAACAUCCCACCUGCAAGUACACCUGCGAGUUCACACUGGCGAGAGGCCAUUCUCCUGCUCUGAAUGUAGGAAGCGAUUUAUCCGCAGGACGUGUUUGGAAGUUCAUCAGCGAGUUCACACUGGGGAGAGGCCAUUCACCUGCUCAGACUGUGGGAUGGUAUUCACUCGAUCAUCUCAUCUGAAGCAACAUUGGCAGGUUCACACUGGGGAAAGUCUGUUCACCUGUUCAGUGUCAGGGAAGUGA